AUGUCUGCAGACGGACAGCAAUGUCAACUCUCCCGAUUUAUCGGUAACCAGAUCGAUGGAGUUCCUGACGGGAGCCCAUUAUGUGCUCAAUCGGCAUCACCUGAGGAUCCAUUCAUGGCCAUGUCCAACGAAGGACCUCACCGCCCUUACCGAAUCCUCCAACCUUCCCAAGAGCUCGUCUCGGUCUUCAAUAGCUGCCGAAUAUCCUUGCAACGACAGCAGAAACAACGAAUAGAAGCCGCUGCCCAAUCCAAAGUCGUCCUUGAUCAAAAGAUUGCAAUGAACAUCACCAAACCCCUCGAGAAGGUUGAGUGUGGAACAGACACAGCACGAUUGCAGCGGGAUGCAAGAGGUGAACAUGGCUGUAGAGACCAAAAGCAGCUCUGCGACCCGUUCACACCACCAGCACAACUCGGACUCAGGCCCCGAAAUAAUCCUAGACCAUCUAUGAUCAGUCGCAAUCAGAAAGGCGGGCUAAAGGAUGCUGGGCAGAUACAUCAAACACCCACCCCGAGUAGUUGGAAUCCAGAACUACGUCCUCCUAUGACCACGAGUCCCAUGGCACUAUUUCUGGAGCAUAUUGAAUUGAAAGACAACAUCAAGGCUUUGACGAGCUUACUCAAAUAUCAUCUGGGAUUGAAUGAUGGUGAGGUCGAGUUUUUGGUUAAGAUGGAAAUGGCGAAGAUGGAGUUGAAGGGCUGGAGGGAUGGUUCUGAGGAAUAUGGAACGUGA